CGAGUAGACUCUCCAGUCGCUCGCCUCAAACCAACUCUCUCUACUGUAUCGAUGAAGUUGUUUCAAAGAUGGCGGAUUUCCUGCCGUCCCGGUCCGUUUUAUCUGUAUGUUUUCCAAACUGUCUCCUCACGAGUAACGAGGCAGAACAAUUAAGGAAAUCUAAAGAAAUAGACAAACGUAUUUCGCGGGAUAAGCCGUACGUGAAACGGCUGGUGAAGAUUCUCCUACUCGGAGCGGGUGAAAGUGGCAAGUCCACUUUCCUGAAGCAGAUGCGCAUCAUCCAUGGUCAGGACUUCGAUCAAAAGGCCAAAGAAGAGUUCAAGGCCACGAUUUUUAGUAAUGUAAUUAAAGGGGUGCGUGUGUUGGUGGAUGCCAGAGAAAAGCUCCACAUCCCGUGGGGCGAGGCGUCCAACCAGAGGCACGGAGAGACCAUGAUGGCGUUUGACACGAGGUCGGCCAGGAUGGCCCACGGCAUGGUGGAGACCAGCGUCUUCCUGCAGCACCUGCCAUCCAUCCGGGCCCUGUGGGCCGACACGGGCAUCCAGGACGCCUACGACAGACGCAGGGAGUUCCAACUGGGGGAGUCUGUAAAGUAUUUCCUGGAUCAUUUGGAAAAGCUGGGACAGCCGGACUACCUACCAACUCAGCAGGAUAUUCUCCUGGCCCGUAAGCCCACUAAAGGUAUCCACGAGUACGACUUUGAGAUCAAGAACGUUCCAUUUAAGAUGGUGGACGUUGGGGGUCAAAGGUCGGAGAGACGGAGAUGGUUUGAGUGUUUUGACUCUGUCACCUCCAUCCUCUUCCUUGUCUCCUCUUCAGAGUAUGACCAGGUCUUGAUGGAGGACCGUCAAACCAACCGUCUCAGCGAAUCCCUCAACAUCUUCGAGACGAUCGUCAACAAUCGUGUUUUCUCCAACGUCUCCAUCAUCCUGUUCCUCAACAAGACAGACCUUCUGGAGGAGAAGGUGCGCGCCGUCCCCAUCAAGGACUAUUUCCCAGAGUACCCCGAGCCACACAGCCUGGUCGACGUACAGGGGUUCCUAGUGGACUGUUUCCGGAAGAGGAGGGACGUGACGCAGAAGCCCCUGUACCACCACUUCACCACAGCCAUCAACACAGAGAACAUUCGCCUGGUGUUCCGAGACGUCAAGGACACCAUCCUCCACGACAACCUAAAGCAGCUGAUGCUGCAGUGAUCC